GCCGCCGGGGCGCAGGCCGCACGCGAGGGGGGACCCGGGGUGAGCUGGCCUCCGCCCGACCACUCCUCGCUCCUUAGUAUCCCGGCACAAACGGCGCGCGCGCACGGGACUCAGGCGCAGCGCGCUCCGGGCCAUGGCGGUCCGCGUACUAUGGUUGGUGGCUGCGCUAGCGCCCAUAAUAGGAGUGAACACGCAAGAAGAUCGUUAUGAAUGGAAUGACAUACGCGAAAGUCGAUGGCCACCGGCGGAGUGGUCGCCGCUGCCUUCGGCGGAGCCCACCCGAGUGAACACUUACGGACUGUCGCGGAGGCCGGACUUGCCACCAUCACCGCAGCCCCCGCAGCCGCCGCAGGCCUCUGGAUUCAACUUCAACAACUAUGCCGCUUACGACCCUGUUACCAGACAGCGCACCUCCGAAAGAAACUGCACCUCGCCCGGCUGUUGCCAGCCCAAAUGCUUCGCAGAAAAAGGAAACCGGGGAUUCCCUGGUGUGCGCGGACCCCCAGGCCCACCAGGAGCACCGGGUCACGUAGGUCCCGAAGGUCCCCAAGGUUCUAAAGGUCAAAAGGGACAAAUGGGUCCUCAAGGUCCGCGUGGACCUAAGGGUGAAAGAGGAAAACCUGGUCAACAAGGUUUCGUUGGUUUGUCUGGUCCACCGGGUCCGCAAGGUGAGCCAGGUGUGGCCGGUUUGCCCGGUAGAGACGGCUGUAAUGGUACAGAUGGUGAACCCGGUCCGCUGGGUCCUAAGGGAAAUCAGGGACCGCGUGGUUUUCCGGGUAUGAAAGGUGGUAAAGGAGACAAAGGAGAACCGGCCACUACUGGUCGUUAUCCCAAAGGACAGAAAGGAGAGCCUGGAGCGGAUGGUUUAUCAGGAAGACAAGGUCCUGUGGGGCCUUCUGGUCCACCUGGGCUACAAGGACCAAAAGGAAAUACGGGUCCUAUGGGAUUCGCGGGUGCCAAAGGUGACAAAGGGUCUAAAGGUAUAAAAGGACAAUCAAUUCAAGGAGAUAAAGGUGACAGAGGUGAUCGAGGAGACAGAGGUCCCAGUUGUCCUCCUGUCACAUUACCAUUUGAACAUAAAGGUGCCACCAAAGGUAUUCAAGGAGAUAUGGGUCCCAAAGGAGAAAAAGGUGAACCUGGUAGAAUGGGCGACAAAGGUGAUACUGGUCCGAUGGGUGAACCGGGAUUACCAGGACAAAUGGGAUCAAAAGGAGAAAAAGGAAUCAGGGGAAACCCUGGUGAUCGUGGUCGAGAUGGAAUGUAUGGUGCUCCUGGCCCAAUGGGACAAAAAGGUGACCGGGGCAAUGAUGGUUUGCCCGGUCUUUCUGGAAGGCCUGGGUCGAAGGGUGAACCUGGAUUAGAUGGAGCUCCUGGGCCACGCGGACUUAAAGGUAUACAAGGUCCGUCUGGUGGCCUUACUGGAUCAAGAGGUCCACCUGGACCCCCUGGCCCUAGAGGUUAUGACGGGCCCGCUGGGCCUAGAGGAACUGAUGGAAAACCUGGAGACAGAGGUGAACCUGGCCCAAUGGGACCUCCUGGUGGGCAAGGAGAACCCGGUAAUCCUGGAAUAGAAGGCCCAGCAGGCCAUAAAGGCGAAAAGGGAGAACCAGGCUUAAACGGGGCUCAAGGUGAGAUAGGGCCACGAGGUUAUGAUGGACCUAUGGGACCACAAGGACCAAGAGGGCCUAAAGGAGAAGAUGGAUUCAGUAUACCUGGUAACAAAGGAAACAGCGGUUUACCUGGGCAUCCAGGGGACAAAGGUCAAAAGGGUGAAAGAGGAUAUCCAGGUUUACGAGGUGUGCCAGGAAACUCUACUUUAGGUACCCCGGGAAGUCCCGGCGAAAUGGGUCCACCUGGAGAAAAAGGUAACCCAGGCCAACCUGGAUUUGACGGUCUUCCUGGAAAUCCUGGACAAAAAGGAGAUUUAGGUGGGCGCUGUAAUGAAUGUUGGCCUGGUGGCCCGGGACCUAAAGGAGACCGUGGUUCAGAUGGCAACCCCGGAGAACGCGGUGAACGUGGACCAGCGGGACCAGUUGGUCUUCCUGGUGAACGAGGAAUGGACGGUAUCAACGGUAGCCCUGGAGCACCCGGUGCGCUGGGCGACCGCGGAGAUGAUGGACCUAUCGGCCCACCAGGUCCCAAAGGAGCCGAUGCUAUUAUACCAUCUAACCUUGUGAAAGGGCCUCCUGGCGCAAAAGGAAAUCAAGGUGAACGCGGUUACCCAGGAGCCAAAGGUGAAAGGGGACGCGACGGACCUAAAGGUGACCGUGGCCCAGUAGGCAUGCCUGGCACGAAGGGCGAUCAAGGACUAAUGGGUCCACCUGGAGAAAGUGGAAUACCUGGAAGUGACGGCUCAUCAGGACUACCGGGUAUGCCAGGCCUUUCCAUCAAAGGAGAAAAAGGUUUGCCGGGAGAUUUUGGACUAAAAGGAGAUAAAGGCUUCCCAGGAAGAAUUGGUAUUAAGGGUGAACCAGGUCAAUGUCCAGCAAAUUUACAAGAAUUAACCAAAGGUGAUAGAGGAGCACCAGGAAUGCCAGGUCCUGAGGGGCCCGAAGGCGAUGCUGGAGAAAAGGGUGAUAAAGGUUUCCCGGGUCGCCCUGGACUUAAAGGAGACAUGGGAUUGCCAGGCAGACAGGGUCCAGUGGGACCUCGUGGUCUUCCAGGACCUAGAGGCGAUAAAGGUGACAUGGGUCCUAUGGGCUUCCCAGGAACGCCAGGAGGACCAGGUGAUAGAGGAUUCCCGGGCAAACCAGGCUUUAAGGGAGAUAAAGGAGAAGUCGGACCAUCCAUGCCUGGACCGCCAGGCCCUCCAGGUCUGACCGGGCGUAAAGGUGAACCAGGAUUGAGAGGAAUACCCGGCACACCAGGUAAUGAUGGGCCACCUGGCCCUAUGGGACUACCUGGAGAAAAGGGAGAGCCAGGAUUUCCUGGACGUCCAGGUUUCCCAGGUCAACCGGGUCAAAAAGGUGACGCUGGUCCAGUUGGACCUCCAGGAGUACCAGGAACACCUGGAUUACCAGGAAGAGAUGGGCCUAAAGGUCAGCAAGGUUUUCCAGGUAUAGCAGGAACACCAGGUGUUAUUGGUUUACCAGGCCAAAAAGGAGAACCAGGAAUGCAAGGGCCCGAUGGUCCAAAGGGUUUCCCUGGAGCAAGAGGCCGGCCUGGCGCUCCAGGUAUUGCCGGAUCUGAUGGUAUCCCAGGUGAAAAAGGUGACAAAGGUAAUAUUGGUUAUCCGGGUUCGCCUGGUUCGCCGGGACUCAUGGGACCUUCAGGGCCAAUGGGAGCACCAGGGUUGAAGGGAGACCAAGGUUUCGAAGGACCACCAGGACAACCAGGAAGACCAGGAGACAGAGGUGAAAAAGGAGACAGAGGUUUCACAGGUCCGUCCGGUCCCAAAGGAGAACCAGGAUUUGCUUCUGACAAAGGACAGAAAGGAGAACCGGGUAUACUAGGUCUUAGAGGAUCUGAUGGAUUACCUGGACUAGACGGAGCGAAGGGUGAUAAGGGUAAUGCAGGAUUACCUGGCUUCGGAUUACAGGGGCCCGCUGGACCAAAGGGUGAUAUCGGUAUGCCUGGUAUGGAUGGCUUCCCUGGUCAGCCAGGGCCAAAAGGAGAUCGUGGCUAUCCAGGUUUUCGAGGACCGAAAGGUGACACUGGCCCUACAGGUGAGCCGGGACAACCAGGGUUACCUGGUCUAGACGGUACUCCCGGACAACAAGGUGAUAUUGGACCGUCAGGACCAGAGGGCUUAAAAGGUGACAAGGGUGAAUCUGGACUUCCUGGACGAGAUGGAUUCGAUGGUCUUAAAGGAGAACAAGGCCCGAUGGGACCUCCUGGUUCACCUGGUCCAUUUGGUAGUCCGGGACCUAAGGGAGACAGAGGCCCACCUGGCCCGUCUAUAGACGUCAAAGGAGAAAAAGGAGACAUCGGCCCGCAGGGUAUACCUGGAGCUCCUGGUCCUAAAGGAGAAAGAGGAUUGGAUGGAGCUCAAGGUAUUCAGGGUGAAAAGGGUGACCGUGGAUAUACUGGAAUGAAAGGGGAAAUGGGUCGAAUUGGAUUAACGGGAGAAAAAGGAGACCGCGGCCCAGCUGGACCUGACGGCAUACCGGGUUUAACGAUCAAAGGAGAAAAGGGAUUGCCCGGCACCGCGGGAAAACAUGGUCGUGCUGGUCUACCGGGAGCACCUGGUGAAAAGGGUGACCAAGGCUUACCAGGUCUGCCAGGACCAUCUGGCCGCCCCGGCACCCCUGGCGCGCCGGGACCACCGGGCGAAAAAGGUGACCAAGGUCGUGAAGGUCUCGCAGGACCACCCGGUUUUGAUGGCACUCCAGGUCGCGAAGGACCUCCUGGUAUUAUGGGAGCUAAGGGUGACAAAGGUGAUAGAGGUGCUACUGGAUUCGGACAACCGGGCGACAAAGGAGAUCAAGGACUUCCAGGUCCACCUGGUUAUCAAGGUCAAAAAGGUGACAAAGGAGAUCGCGGCUUAAACGGGCUCGAUGGCCAACCAGGCCCCAUGGGCCCCACAGGUCCAAAAGGUGACAGAGGAUUCCCUGGAAGAAUAGGUCUGCAGGGCGCCAUAGGUUUGAAAGGUGACAAAGGUGAACCAGCAAAUAUCGUGUAUGGGCCCAAAGGAGAGCCAGGGCCACGUGGACCUCGAGGUAACGACGGACUGCCAGGAAGAAAUGGGGAGCCUGGUUCACCAGGUCUAAACGGUAGCCCGGGUGCGAAAGGCGAUCGUGGAUUCCCUGGUCAAUCCGGUCCUCCGGGACCGCCAGGGCCGAUGGGCCUGCAAGGCCUACAAGGUGAGCGAGGAGAGAUCGGUCGUACAGGAUCCACAGGCCCUCCUGGUCCCCCGGGUGCACCGUGUACAACAACGGACUAUCUGACCGGAAUAUUGUUAGUUCGCCACAGUCAAACUGAAUAUGUGCCACAAUGUGAAUCCGGACACGUCAAACUCUGGGACGGUUAUUCGUUAUUGUACAUCGAUGGCAAUGAAAAAUCCCACAAUCAAGAUUUAGGUUACGCUGGAUCCUGUGUAAGAAAGUUCAGUACGAUGCCUUUCCUCUUCUGCGACCUCAACGAUGUAUGCAAUUACGCUAGCAGAAACGAUCGAAGUUACUGGUUGUCGACAAACAAACCUAUACCAAUGAUGCCUGUGGAAGGAAAUGAAAUAAUACAGUACAUUUCAAGAUGUGUAGUAUGUGAAGUGCCAUCUAACGUAAUUGCUGUGCACAGUCAAUCACUUGCCGUACCCGACUGUCCCGGAGGUUGGAGCGAACUUUGGAUAGGAUACAGUUUUGUUAUGCACACGGGUGCUGGAGCGCAGGGAGGCGGCCAGGCGCUGUCUAGUCCGGGAUCGUGCCUUGAAGACUUCCGCGCGGCGCCUUUCAUAGAAUGUAACGGAGAGGGUGGCACUUGUCAUCACUUUGCCAACAAACUAAGUUUCUGGCUCACAACCAUAGAAGACAGCCAACAAUUUGCGCAGCCGGAUCGACAGACAUUCAAAUCAGGACGUCUCCUCGAGCGCGUGUCACGAUGCGCCGUAUGCAUCAAGAACGCUACUUAAACCAGUAGGGUAUUUCAGAAUAAGUGUGUACAAUGCAAACGACUACUCCGAAAGAUAUAGCCUAGCCAUAAAACUUGACUAUUUACUAGUCAAUGUUUGAAGAGAUCCGAAAUAUCACUAACAAACUAUUUUAAUUAAUUAUUUGAAACUUAGUAAUGUACAUAAAUAUCAAUCAAUAACUAUAUUAUAUAUUUCAGUGUGAUUAUAUUUUUAAAAAGUCUACUUGUUACGUUUUUGUUCCCGUGUAAUAAAUCAUUUGACGUUGUGGAAAUCAUAGCAAAAAAAAAUAUUUUAUUUGACAUCAUCUCACCAGUAGUUUUUCAAUAAUAAAUCACACUGAUCAGUUAAAUCUUGAUUUUCAAAAUUAAAAUAAAAUACGAUGUUGGAGUGAAUAAUUGAAGUAGGUAGGAACCUAGAUCUAACUUCUUCAAGGGAGCAUUUAUGAUUUCCUAAUGAAAAUACACCAAAGCAAAUUAAACUAAGAUUCCUUAUUUAUAGUUUUCAAAGAGUUUUAUCUAAUAUUCACCUCGUAUGUCCAUAAAUUUAUAAUUAUAAAUCGCGAUAUAAUCGUAUUAUUUGGAAUAUCCUACUUAUAUGUUAUAAGUUCACUAGUCAGAAGUUAAUUCUGUUUCUAUGUCAGCUAGAGUAGCCUCUCUAAAUACCCCUCUGCGAUGUUGUAUUCGAGUAUGAUUCAAUAUUUAUAUGUCUGGGUUUAUUUUUUAUUAUAUUAAAAUUAAGCUUGUGAUAAUUUAAAUGUGCUUAACCUUUGUAUAUACUUACUUUAUAAUAAUACAAAUAUAUACAAAUUACUAAAUUAACUAUUCAAUAAAUGAGAUCAGACAUCAACUUCUUCAAUGAAAUCUACAUUAGAAAAUGAAUAUUAUCACCGUGCAGAUGUGUGAAGUGAGAAGUAAUGAUUGAUGUAAGUAAAUUGUAAGCACUGCCAAUGUAGAUAAUUUUAUAUAAGUAUAGAAUAAUUCUUAUUGUAAGAACUCAUACUUAAAAUAAACACAUAAAAUGUUUGA